CGAAAAAGGAAAAAAAGCAUCCAACACAAGACAAGGUUUAGGAAACAGCUUGAAAAAACCAAACCACUUUCAAAAUACCAUCCGUUAGUCCAACGCAAACAGCCAACUACCUCUUCCAACUGCCUUUCCCUCUUUCCCAAAAGUCUUUUCAUUCUCAAAACCAAGGACAUCAAAAAACAGGCCUAAAACCAAAGCAACUUUUUUUUUUAUAUGUCCGAAAAGAGUCUACGACGACGGCUUCCAAGAUGCCGGCGACCAAGGCUCCCGUACCCAUCACCAACCCCAAGGCUUCGUACGCCUCCUCCACAUCGGCGAUCGGCUAAAAGGUCGUCGAACCAUGGUAGGAUUCUGAAGCGAUGUGCGUCAGAGCCGUGUCUUUGGAGCAGUGUUGGUCAUGAAGAUCAGCAAAUUAGAAGUUCUUUCGUGGGUUCUGAAGGGGAAAGGGCACCUUUGUUUAGGCCUCAAACUUUUGCUGACGUCUUUUCUUCUUCUCCUUCUUUGUUGGGUUUUGGUUCUCCUUCUUCUUCUCCAAAGCAGGGUUUUGAGGUUGGGAUGCAGGGAUACAACAAAGAUGCUAAGGUUGUGAUCAAUGUAUCAGUAGAAGGAAGUCCCGGACCAGUCCGGACCAUGGUCAAAUUGGGGUCCAGUGUCGAAGAUACUAUAAAGCUUGUUGCAGACAAGUAUGUUGAAGAAGGGAGAACUCCUAAGCUUGAUUGCAAUUCGGGAUUGGAAUUGCAUUAUUCCUAUUUUAGCCUUCAGAGUUUGGAUAAAUCACAGUUAAUUGGGGAUGCUGGUAGCAGGAGCUUCUAUCUUAGAAAGAAUAGCAGUGGCCAUAGCAGUAAUGGAGCAUCUAAUUCUUUUGUUUCAGAAAUUGCUCCAGCAAGUGCCAACUCUCCUCCAGCCGUUCCACCUCCAACAUAUUUGCUUCCAGCUUUCAUAGCUCGAAAACUAAGCAAAAUCGUCAGAAGAACGCGUAGGCUCUGGAAGGUCUUGGUUUGCUUGAGAUGAUAUGGAUAGCCAGGAAUUCCAGGAUCAUAACAUUGUUAGAGUAAGACAAACUAUUAUCAUGCUGCUCUAACAACUGUAAUCACAGUGAUACGUAAUUCCCUUUUCUCAUUUUUUUGAUUGCUUUCUCCCAUUAUUAUCGGGAUUGCCCUUCUAUUAUUUACCAUCAUUUUUAUCAUGCAAAUUGUAAAUACUACUUUUUAAUACUAAAAACUGAAAAAGAAAAAAAAGGAUGUGAAAUUAUUCUACUUUCUAUUUUAAGUUUUAAUUCUUGCUUCUUAUAACAUGAUUUGAAUC